GCCCUCGGAGGCAGUCGAGUGCGGCCAGAGGUGCGGCCCGAGUCGUGCUGUGCUGAGGCCAGGCGGGCGGACGAUGGCCGCGAGCGGGUGGUGACCCGCGCGCAAGAUGCCGGUCAGCACGGCAGCCGCCGCCUCCGACGCUGCCGUUCUCAGGCCGAUAAUUCACCCUACGACGCCGCCUGUCUCCGCCGCCCCCAUCCUCCUGCAGCAGUCACCGUCGUCUGACCCCGGCAGCCCCGAGUCGGCCUCCGCCUCGCAGGCCGACUGUCCCCACUGCCAAGAAUACGGAGGUGCCGGGCCUGUGUAUUGGCGUAUCCAGCUGGACAAAGAUCUCCUAGAGACCAUACUCUCGAUCUACCCUGAGUGGUUCAAGGAGUGCAAUUUGGACUUGUUGAAGAUGGCUGAGAGCGGCCAGGCUAGCGAAGCGGAUUCGGAAGGGACACCAAAGUCACCUCCGAAAGCCGAAGUCGACGAGUCGCCGCUGCAGAAGUGCAUGGAUAAAAAUAAAGAAUCUCUCAAAGUGAAGCUGAUGCUUCGCAGACCAAUCAACCAACUUGUGGCCCAAGGAAUAAUGCCGCCGUUGAAGACUCCUCCAGCAUUCCACGAGGUACGCCAAAAAUUGGAGCGCGCCAAGACUGGCGAUAUGCUAAAAGCAAAAAUCCAACAAAGGCCAGAUCGGCAAGAACUAGUCCGGCAGCACAUCCUCGAAGAUGUAGGGCAUGUGGACCCAUCGCUGGCUGAGAGGCAGCGCAUGCUGAAGAAGGCGCGUCUGCAAGACUCGUUGAAUGACCAGCUGUCGCACCGACCUGGCCCGCUUGAGCUCAUCCAGAAGAAUAUCCUGCACACGGAUGAAACCAUUGAGAGGGCCGUCAAAGAGGGCCAGAUUGCAUUCCGCGCGACGUGCGAGGGCCAGCUGACGAAGCCGCAGCACCCGAAUCGCUACAUCACCCUUGAGGAAGACUCAAGCUCAGAGGGUGGACAGUCUCCUCCGCAGUCGGCACCGCCAUCAGUACCGCCAGCAGCCCUACCUUCAGCGCCGCCACCGCUGAAGCCCGCGGCACCGACACUGCUAUUGUCAGCGGGAAUGUGCUUUGAGCCGGCAGGAUGCAAGUCUGUUGUGAUGCCCGUGUCGGUGGUGCAGUGUCCGGAGGCGGCGGCCAGCCCCAGUCUGACCACCUCACUGUCCUCGCUCAGUCCCAUCAGCUCUGUGGCGUCGCCCAAAAGCGCGUCACCGUCGCCGGCGCUGGUCGCGACGCCUGCCGUAAUCACAGUGGCGCCGCUCUCGGUGGCCUCGAUCUCAGCGCCGCCGUCGCUCACGGCGCCUACCACGGCCGCGCUUAUGGCGGCACAGCGACCCUCCUCCAAGGCUGAAAAGGAGCUUCAGAAAAAUCGCAAGAAGUCCAAGACCAAGACGCAGCCCAAAGCGCGGACCAUCAAGUUUCAUGAAUACAAAGGUCCACCAAACGCUCAAAAAUCGCUCAACAGUCCAACUCCGGUUGAGACGUCGUACGAGCUCCUCUUGCAGCAGCAGCAAUUGUUCCUCCAAUGGCAGUUGGAGUGGCAACACAAGUUUCCGCAAUUAAUCCUGCCCGCGUCCAAGAAAAAGCCCAGCUUAAGUGGGGCUGAGACCAAGUUCUCCAACCUGAUCGCCGUAUCGACGUCUGCGUUGCCGCAAAUCCAGCCGGCGACGCAUAGCCCAAUCGCCUCGCCGUCGCAGCAGCAAUCGUCCUCCAACAGCAUGAGCAACAUCCUUCCCUCGCCCGCACCGCCCACCACGCCCACCUUGCCCCCGGCCACCCCUGAAAGCAUCAGAGCCGUUUCGAAACUAGAAGAUAUGAAAGUAAAUGACCUCAAGGCUGAACUCAAGAGGAGGAAUUUGCCUGUGUCAGGCUCGAAACCACAACUGAUCGACCGGCUGAGGCCAUACAGUGACCAAAUUAUGUUCCAAUCAGACAAGCAACCAGCCACCCCAGGUUCUGUGUCUUCCACUUGCGGCAUUUCCAACCCCAAGUCGUGCGGAACCCUUGCUCUUGGAGAUGAGUCCUUGUCGGAUCUUUCCUCGAUGGACACCCCUUGCUCACCGGCCACCGAGACGCCCUUGUUGGGUCUUGAGGCAAGCAGCCCUGACAACGCGAGUAGAAGCCCCACUUCGCCACACCCUUCGUCGCCACUGUCCUUGAUCGGCGGACCUGUGUCCAACGCGCCCUCCACCCUGCUUUCACCGGCCACCAACAUGGAUGUGGACAACGACCUUGAGAUGGCCUCAAUGGACACUACCGACGCUCCAUCCUCGCCACUGUCCAACCCUGUUUCACCCGCGUCUCCUUUUGCAGCGGUGCUGUCAAAGACGGUCAGUGAGGAGAUCAUUAACCAGCAGCAACGCAAGAUAGAGCAGCUCCAACGCGAGCUGCAAAAGUCUCAGCAGCAUAACCAGCAACACAAGUCCAAGGAGCAGGACAACUCAUCGACCAAAAACCAACUUCAGCAGCACCUGCAGCAGAAGCAGCAACAAAAGCAGCUGCAGCAGCAGAUGCACAAGUUGCAGCAAUUGCAGACGCUGCGGCAGCAGCAGCUGCAGCAGCUGCAGCAGGACAACGUUGCCGCCACAACCACGGUCCAUCAGCAGCAACAGCCGAUCCUGCCGCAGGCCCUGGCCUCCAGCGGUCACCUGCAGCAGCAACAGCAGCAGCAGCUCAACGUCAAGGCCAGUCUGGCCGCUUUUCUUCUGCAGCAGGCGCAGCAGAUCUCGGUUGGGCAGCCGCAGCACCCCUUCGUGCUCAGUAUCACCACCACAGCCCCCACCGCCACCCCCGCGUCCACCCCUGUUGUCAACAAUAAUAACGUUGUCAUCAACAACAAUAACAACAACCUGGUGAACAACCGCGAACAGAGCGAGCAAGAGCAGAAGCAGCACAAGAUCAAUCAAAUCAACUUGCUGCAGAAACAACGCUCCAAUUCUGUUGCUGCUCAGCCCCAAUCUCCGCAACAACAACAGAGAUCAGCUUCAAUAUCCAGUUUCCGGGGCUCAUUUGACCUGCAGCAGUCGCCUGCACCUUUGAUAGAAGUGGCUCCUCCUAAGGUAGACAGCAAGUCGCCACCUCCACCAAUUUACGAAGAGGCGGCAAAGCUACUUAAAGUGCACAUCAAACAGGAGGCGAACGCAUCAAAACAGAAACAUAUAAAGAGUCAAAUCGUAGAUGACGUGCUAGAAAUACUUAUUAAAAAUGGAGAAUUGCCUCCAAGUGCUGCUCAAGUGCCUGUGACACCGACCACGCCGGGCAACUUUGCGAACCAUGAGCUGGCUUUCAAAGCUGGUGGUGUGCAAGAGACCAAGCCGCCCCCGACGCCGCCCCCGCUGCCGGCAGCCUCACUCCAAGACUCUUUCACCCUCAAUCUGCAGUCCAUGAUCAGUGAUUUAAAUGUUCCGGACGCAAAGACGUUGGAGAAAAGUGAUAACACAUUUGUGAUGAGCCACCUCGACUUAAUUUUGGGCCAAACUGGGAACAACCCCCAGCCUAUGAGUUUACCCUGCAACAACUUUAAUCAAAAUCAGGUGCCUAUGGUGCUGGCGACAAAUCCGACAGUGGAUCUAGGUUUGGACCUUGAGUCGAUGGACUUUGGCCAGCUGGAGCCGAUCAAGCUUGAAGGUGCUGACCUGGUAGACAAGUCUAUUGAAGAGCCGAUGGAGGGGCUUGUGUCGGGUGGCGACUUGCCCAUGGAGCUAGACAUGUCCGAAUGGCUCGAAUCGAUGCUGCCGAGCACAAGUCAGCCGGCGCCAGUGUCAUCGCGGGGUCACCUUGGCACCCAUAUGCCAGCGGCCCCCACAGACAUGGACACGUACGACCCCCUGCUGAGCAACAGCCAGGACGUGUUUGACCUGUUCAACUUUGAGGACGCCGACCUCAAGAUGUCCUCGGUGGACAUGAACAACCUCAUCUGGGACAAGGCGGACUACGCCGCCUAAGUGAAUCGGUGGAUGACUCUUACGUUUCAACUGGAGACCAACUUUUGCCAUAGUUGAAUCAUUCAUAUGUGAUCAAACAAUGUGGCUUCGAUCUCUGCGGUUUCGAGCUGCUGAAUGUUAACUGCGUGCUGGAAAUGGUGGGCCGAAAUCUCAACUUCUCGAUUGUUAGCAAGGAACCUUCUACGCCUUUUCAAACAUUUCAUUCAAAAUAUAUCAGAAAUGUUUUAAUUUAGAUUUGGUUAGUGAACUGUGGAGGAAAUACUUAGCAUUAAGGAAAAGAAAAUUAAUUCUGAAAUAUUCAGAAAUAGGGUUCCGCGCUCUCUUGUCUGUCCAUUGUCGAUUUAAUAAUUCAGGGGGUUGCUGAGAAUUUGAAAAAGCGAAGCAUUCCGAACAAAAAGCUUGAAGCUCUUUUGGACCACGAGUCAAAAUUGAUGGGGUCGUAUCCAAUUCGUCAAGCCCACCACUUAACACGCAGGACUUUCAGCUGGCUGGAGAGCAGGCAGUUUUUGACAGUGCACGAACUCGCGAGCAGUGAGACUUGAAAUUAUAUUAUCGAGUGCGCGUGAAAGAAGCAAGAGCUUUGCUGCUGCUGAUGUGGUGAUGAAUGGUAAUGGGACGUUGCGCACCCUUGCAAGACUUAUUAAAAGAAAAUGCCACCACGUGGUGCUAGAAAAUCGCGUUUGUGUGCCUUAUUUGGAAAGAAAAUGUUUACAUCGAGUUCUCUCACACAUUUUUUACCGUUUCCUUUGGUUGUACGCUAAUUUGCGUGAUUUUAACGAAUUAAUUUACAAGAACGCGGGCAAGAAAUUUGCAUAACCCCGGCUCAACGCAAGAAAGCAACAUGUGUGCAGAUUGCGCUAGUACUUUUUUCAAAUAAAACGAACUUUUCUGCUGCAAAUCUGAGACGUUUGCAACACAAUCUUGGUGCCAAUCACACGGGAGAUUAAGUUACAUCCCUCCGCUGAUCACUCCUCAUUAUUUGCCAAUUUUUGCUACACUAAUGAACGACUACUAAUUACUAAAAGUAAACAAAUCUUGCUGUGCAUCGUGAUAAAACAAAAUAAGAAAUUUAUGUAAAAACCAUUCCCGUAGCUAACAAUUGUUAAUUUUUAUCGCGGAUAUUUUAUUUAUGAAAGCGAAAGAGAGAGAGCACGCGCGUUUUUAAAACUCACAACACAACACAUGGUACUGCACACGCGGCCACAAAGUAGGAAACAGGCAGGGGCCAGUGUUUACUUGACUGACACACGCAUACACUUGCAAAAGUAAUUUUAUUAAAAGUAGUUUUCCUCCCUCGCCUCUCAGUCGUGCUUGGUCUAAUUUGAGAGUGUGAGAGAAAAUCGCGCGAGAGCAAAAUAUAUAGGAAUCACGCGAUUUUUCCACUCAAUUAAAUCGUUCUAGUGUUUUUUGAUAUUACCAAAUAAGUUUUCAGCAUUUCAAAAGAUGAAAAUUGUUCUUGAAACGUGUUUCCGACUUAUGUUGUGUCUUCCUAGAGAUGAACGAUUGAUCUGUGCUUUAAACGAAAAUGUUGAUUUCUUGUCUUAAUACUUUCGCUUUGUUAUUAAUUUAGCGUUGAUCAAAAAGUAACAAAUAAACAUUCUUCUUUUAUCCAAA